CUACUAUAAACCUCAUCAGAACUUAGAUUUCAACUAUACAUUUUCAGUCUCUAUAAUUUGUUUAGCAAUUAGCAUGAAAAUAUUGAGAGCUGCUUCUGUUUUCCUUUGUAUAUUCUUCUGCUUCUUUGUUUGCUCAUCUCAUGCAACAGAUACCCUUAGGCCUGGUCAGUAUUUGAAGAGAUUUGAAACCUUGGUUUCUGAUGGUGGAGUAUUUGAGCUAGGCUUUUUCUACAGCCCCACUAAGUCAGUUGAAGGAUACUUGGGAAUCUGGUUGAAGAAUGACAAAAAGAAAAGGCCAGUUUGGGUGGCAAAUAGAGAUGACCAUCUUAUGGAUCCCUAUGCAGUUCUCUACAUCAACCCUCAGGGAAUGGUGAUCAGUGAUAAUAGAAAUUCACCCUUUUUUUUCACUUACGGAGCACCUGCAACGACUAAUAGAACAAGCGCAAGAAUUCUUGACUCGGGAAACCUAAUCCUGAUGGAAGGAGGAAAGAUUGUGUGGCAGAGCUUCGAUAACCUGGUAGAUACAUUUCUUCCUGGAAUGAAAAUGGGGAUGGUUAGCAUAACCAAUUCUCAGUUGAAGCCUAUGUUUCUUUUAUCAUGGAAAAGCGCACAUGACCCUACUAGUGGUUUUCUUGGUUUCAGCUUGGAUGACAGCUCAACUCAAGUCAAUGUCUGGCAUGCUGAUGGUAAAGAUAAACAGAUUGGCCAUUGGGACGGCCAUGAGUUCAAGUUUGUUUUCAAAACCAGAUCAGAUAAUUACAAUUUCAGCUAUGUUUUGAACAGCAAGGAGCGUUAUCUUACUUUCAACAACAAAGAAAGUACUGUAUAUUCAUGGUUUGCAUUGGCUUCGGAUGGUAAGAUCCUGGAGUUCAUUAAGGUAGGACAGAAGAUUUCGGUUGUGAGUCAUUCGGUAUGUGGUGACUGCUGGUUGGUGUCAUCAAGAGAAAGGAAGCUGUUGCUGGCUGUCAAAGUUGUGGUUCCCUUGACUUUCUUCAUUUUGGUCCUGAUCUUGUUCCUGUAUUGUUUGUGGAGAAAGCGCAACUCUUUAGGAAUUUACAGAUUCUAUAUUGGCAGGACAGACAGUAUGAAGCUACUAUUGUCACAGUUGAGUUCUGAUGAUAGUGGUAACAGUUCACCUGUUAUAGAACUUGGAAAGACGAAGGAUCAUGCUUUGCCAACGCUUAGCUUUUCCUGCAUAGUGGCAUCCACUAAUAAUUUCUCAGUUGCUAACAAGCUUGGAGAAGGAGGUUAUGGGCCUGUUUAUAAGGGUAACUUACUGCAACACGACAUUGCGGUCAAAAGGCUUUCCAAAAGAUCUGGACAAGGAUUGGUGGAGUUCAAGAAUGAGUUGCAGUUAAUCUCUCAGCUCCAGCACAGAAAUCUUGUCAAGAUUUUGGGUUGUUGCAUUCAACGAGAAGAGAAAAUAUUAAUAUAUGAGUAUAUGUCCAACAGAAGUUUGGAUUCCUUCAUUUUUGAUCCAACUAAGCGAAGACAACUGAAUUGGAGACAACGCAUACACAUAAUCGAAGGGAUUGCUCAAGGACUUCUUUAUCUUCACAAAUACUCUAGAUUAAGAAUUAUUCAUCGAGACCUCAAAACUAGCAACAUUUUAUUGGAUGCUUAUAUGAACCCCAAGAUAUCAGACUUUGGGUUGGCUAGAAUCUUAUCUGGGAAUGAAUGUGGAGCUGAAACAAAGCGGAUUGCUGGAACAUUUGGUUAUAUGUCUCCCGAGUAUGUAUUGCAAGGCCUUUUGUCAACAAAAUCGGAUGUAUUCAGCUUUGGAGUCAUCGUGUUGGAGAUUAUGAGUGGCAUGAAGAAUGCAACCUUUUAUGAGUCAGAUUAUUCUUUGAACUUGCUAGGACAUGCCUGGAAUUUAUGGAUAUCUGGACGAUGCGAAGAGAUGAUAGAUCCAACAUUAGCUGAUUCAAGUUCAAGGGAUGGUCUUGUACUCUGCAUUCAGGUAGGUCUUUUAUGCGUUCAAGAUUGUGCAGAAGAUAGACCAACCAUGUCAGAAGUUGUUUCAAUGUUGAACACUGAAGGAGCUAGUUUACCUAAGCCAAAGCAGCCUAUGUAUUCUAACUUAAUGUCGACGUCAGAGGUAGAUAAAGCACUAAGAAGUGGAGUCCCUUCUGAGAAUCUCUUGACAUAUUCAUCAAUAGUAGCAAGAUAGCAGCUAGACUAUUUGUAUACCUAACUCGUAACUGU